AUGAGUAAUUCAAAUUAUCAGUCAUACCAACAGUCAUAUGGUGGAGCUGCAAUUGGAAAAUCUUCAUCUAUUGAUUUAUUUGAAUCAGGUAAUGAUCAGAAUGGAGAUGAUUUCUUUGGAUCUAUUCAACCACAGCAACAACAGCCUCAACGUCAACCUCAACAGCAAUCACAACACUAUCAUCAGCAACAUCAACCGCAACAUCAACCUCAACAAUAUCAUCAACAGCAACAGCAUCAACAAUACCCAGCUGCACAUCAGCAACCUGUCCAACAUCAUUCUCAAGAGCAAGUACACACUGUUCAAGACGAUUUUUAUUCCAAUCAACAAGCUCCAGAAAUGGGUUAUCAACAAAACCAGAGAUAUUCAAUUGAUCAUCAUGAGCAACAGCACUACCAGCAACAACAGCAACCAAAUGAAUACACCGAAGGCAAUAUUAUGAAUCCGUAUCAUGACAGUGGAGUUUUGGAGCAAGAUGAUCCAUGGGCUGAAGAAUUGUACAUUGACGAUGUUUCAUCUCCGUAUAACCAAGAAUCUAAUCAAGCUCAGAGUUUGGAAGGACAAUUGCAUGGUGAACAGAAUUGGCAACAGCAUGAACAAGAAUAUGAGGGGCAACAAUAUCAUCAGCAUGAGGAACAACAAUAUCAUCAGCAGGAGGACGAACAAUUCCAACAGCAUCAGCAUCAUCAACAAAAUCAGCAUGAGCAACAACAGCAACAUUAUGACCGUCAGCUUGAAGAAGAACAGUAUGAUCAACAGAAUCAAGAUCAGUAUCCAGAACAAGAAAAUUCUCAAGGCGAUCAACAAUUUGUUAACCAGGAGGAAAUAACUGGGCAAUCUAAUGAAGAAUCAUAUCAGGUGCAUGAACAGGAAGCUGACAACGAGCAUGUAAGUGGAGAAGUUCAAGAGGAUACUUUCGCAAGUGAGCAAAUUACAAUGGGUGCAGAAAAUCAAAAGCAGGAGAAUGGAGGAGCAGAAGCAAGUACAUUUGAUGCAUCAAUGGGAAUUUCCAAGAGUAAUUUGGAUAACUUAUUUGAAAAUGAAAAGAAUGAUUUCUUUGAAGAGAUUGUACAAGAAUCCCACAAAUUGGAAAAAUCUGUAUCAGCAGCUCCUAGUAAGUUAGAUGCUCUUGAGUUGGAUGACGAUUUGUUAUUGGAUGACGAUUUAUUAGACGAUGAACUUUUAGAGGAAUCUCAAGAAACUCAAACAAUCCAAGAGCAAACCUAUCAACCACCUGUCCAAGUUCCACAUCAUGUCCAUCAUUCAUAUAUUCCAGAUGCUAAUGUACAAUCUCAUUAUGUUGCUACAGCAAAACAACAACCUGUUGCCUCAGAAUUUGUAAAGCAUUUAGAAGAAGCAAAACGAAAGCACGAUGCGUAUGAUUUCCCAGAAGCAUUAAUUCCUCAAAAGGUUAGACCAGCUCCAAGACAUUCUGCAUCAAAAUAUGCUCCAUCAACUUCCAGUAGUACACCAUCUGUUCCUCUUGCUCCAGUUGGCCAGCAACCAGCAGCUCCUUAUCAAGUUGAACAGAAGCCGCCAGCUAAUCCAACACCACCAAAGUCAUUUUUUGAAGAAUUACCUGUUGAAUUACCUAAACCUGGUCGUUCUGUUAGAGCAGCUGCGCCAGUAAAAGCAGUCAAUCAACCGCAUUUACACCCACAACCAGCACCAUCGCAACCAUUGCCUCAACCACCUACAGGAGUAAGUAAACCACCACCAGUUAAUCCGUAUAUGCCAAAAUCAGGAACGUCACCUAUUCUUCAACAACAUGUUCCAAAGCAACAAGCUACAACUAUGCCUUUGCCAGCUCCAAGUAUGCCAAUAGUUAGUGCCUAUGGUGCUCAACAACCAAAGAAACCGAAUGCAUACGGUCCAGCUCAACCAGCUCAACAGAAUGCGUUUGCGCCACCACCACCAAUGGCACAGUUACAACCACAGCAACAACCAAAUAUAUAUGGGCCACCACCAAUGGGACAACAACAACAACAACAACAAUUUGGACCAUCACCACCGGUCAUGCAAUCAGUAGCCGUUGCACCACAUUCUCCUCGGUCUGCUCAAAGCCGUUUACCAUCUGUAACUAUUAAUAGUAGUGUGUCCAGAUCUCAUACUAAUACCAUUACAAGUCCAUAUGUUCCAAAUGCGGGUCCAUAUGCUCCUCUGGGUCAUCAAAGAACACAUUCACGUGCCAGUUCAUUAGUUGGGGGUAAAGGCAAAGAUUUUAAUCCUUAUGCACCUGCAUUACCUACUGUUCAAAGUCAUGAUGCUACUCCUGCUUCACUUCAUGUUGCAACUGGUGUUGGUGGUGGGGUUAUUCCUCCUCCAGCAAGAACUCGUGGAUUUUCAAAUACGAGGGGAAAUAUAUACAAGAAUGCACAAAAGAUAACUAAUCCUGAAGAACUUUUACAUCGUCAAUUUCCAAUAUUUAAUUGGAGUGUUUCUCAGAAUGCGGUCCAUAUUGUGCCUGGAAGGAAUUAUAAUGAAGCUCCAAUUAUUCAUGUGACUCAUGUUUCGAAUAUUUUUAAGGAUAGAGAUGUUUAUGCAAAUUUCCCUGGGCCUUUAAGUAGAGGAAAAACUAAAAAGAAGGAUCUUGAAAAAUGGUUAGAAUUAUCUUCUGAAUCUUUACAUAAACAAGGGAAACUUAAUGAAGUAUUAUUGAAUCAAAUAUUGUUGGAAUUAGUUAAACAUGAUGGAAACUUGAAAUCACAGGAAUUUUUACGUGCUGCAUGUCAAAUAUUAAAUCCAAGUGUUAAUUUUGAAGCAGGUGAUAUGUUACCUGUAUCAGGAGUAAUGGGAGCAACUAAUGCAUAUAGGUUAGAUAAUUCUGGUGUAAAUACUGUUUUUACAUUAAUUCAAGCAGGAAACAUGGAAAGAGCAUUAGAAUUUACGAUUUCCCGUGGUGAUUGGGCAUUAGCUUUAGUGAUUGCCAAUUUUAGUGGACCAGAAAGAUUUGCCAAGAUUGCUUCUGAAUAUGCUAGAAAUAGUUUCCCAUUCCAAAAAUCAAAUAAUAAAGUCUAUCAUAUCAUGCCAAUUUUGUUGAAGGUUAUUGCUGGAAAUGUUCAGAGUGUUAUUGAAGAUUUAACUGCUGUGGCUAAUGAAGGGGAAUAUGCAAAUAUUCAUUGGCGUGAAAUUGUAUCGUCAAUUGCUAUUAGUGGAUCCAUUAGAACUGGGGAAUUUUUAAUUGAAUUUGGAAGGUUUUUAAGUACUCAUUAUGGAAAUCAAAUUGGUUGUGAGAUUUCAUAUAUUUUAGCAGGAUUACCAUUUGGAAAACAAGCUUCAUUCAUGGUUUUGAAUUCGGCUGAACAUUCGAUGUAUACUCAAGUUUAUGAAUAUGUUCUUAGUUUUUAUAAUCCUACUCCUGUUCCACCAAUGGGAUUCCCUCAUUUAUUGUCAUUGAAAUUGAAAUAUGCAUCAACUUUGGCUGAUUAUGGAUUAUUUAAUGAAUCACAACGUUAUAUUGACUAUAUUAAUAAUACAAUCAAAACUUUAGGAAAUAAGUCACCAUAUGUUAGUCCUGAUUUACUUCAUGAAUUCCAGAAUUUAUUAGUUAGAUUAAGUGAUUCAGGCUCGAGUGAUCAAGGAUGGUUUGGAGGUAAAGUAUCCAAAGUUAGUCUUGAUAAAAUUUGGGGACAAAUUGAUAAAUUUAUUGCUGGUGAUGAAACAAAACCAAAAACUAGUGAAACUGGAGUCUUUAGCAAAUUUAGUCCAUCUGUAUCUAGAACUACUUCAACUGCUGAUUUUAGUGCGUUGCAAUCACAAGCAUAUGCCCUGAAUAAAGAUCAAUUUACACCUUUAGCUCAGAGCCAAGCAGUCUUCCUGGCCCCAGCAUUGAGAGAUCAACAGCAGGAACUUAGAAAUUCUCCAUAUCAACCACCACAACGUCCACAGUUGCCAUCUCAGAAUUCAACGGCUUCUGUCAAUAGAUAUGCUCCAGGAAAUCAUCCUCAACUUCCCCAAUCUCAUCAAGCACAUCAACCAAAAGGAACAUCGCCAUAUUCAGGAAAUAAAUAUGCUCCAAGUAACUCGUCGCAACAUAAUUUGGUAGAACAAGAUCAAAUGAGACAACAUGCAGGAAUUGGGCCAGUAUUACCAAUAGGUCAUUCACCAUUAGUGCCAAAAGCAUCUACAUUCCAACAUGGGGGGCAUGUAGGUCCAGCAGGAGGUCACUCUGGUAUUAGUCAUGUUAAGAAUAGUUCAAUCGGUAGUAUUGGGUCAAUUGAUAGUUCUACUCCGCUUCCACCACCACCAUCGAUGCAACAACUUGGCGGAGCUUCUUUGCGUAAUGCUAUUAGUGCUGAAAGUACACCAAGGAAAAGGAAAGAUGUGGGUUUGAUUAAUGAAAGCGCAGAAUUACAUAGUAGAAUUGAUAAAGAAGAUCACAUGAAAAAUAAAAAUGAAGGCGAUGAAACGUUAAGAGGAGAACAAAUGGAUAUUGGUCAACAACCAUCUGAAGUAGAACCUAGUGGUCCUCCACCACCUCCUCCUCCAGUUAAGCAAGUUGUGCCACCUCCUCGGAUAAAGAAAUCAGUUGCACCUCCACCACCAUCUACUAUUCAUAUUGAAAACAACGAGAAUGUUUCACCUCCAGUUGAGAAUGUAGUUGCACCACCACCACCACCAAUGAAGAGGGUAGUUCCACAAGCUGAAUCAAUUGUACCACCAACACCUGUUAAACAAGAAGUCAUUGCACCUGAAGAAGAAGUAGUAGUUGAACCUGUUGAAAUUAAUGAAGAAAUUCCACCACCUCCAAGAAAGCAGUCUAGUGUAUCUUCAAUACCACCACCUCCAGGAAAACAAUCUAGUGUAUCUUCAGUUCCACCAGUACCACCAACUCAAAAGUCAUUAUCAGAGCUUGCCCCAUCAGUACAUGAAGAAGUUGCAUCACAAACUUCGGUGGAGAACAACCGUUUAUCGCACGUUGGAUCACAUCAAACAUCGCAUCAUGAAGCACGGCCACCUGUCGUUGAAGAGACUCAAGAAUUAAUCACUGAAGUCGUGGAAGAAAAGCAAGAAGUAAAAGUUGAGCAAGUUGAUGAUACUCAUGAAGAAGAAACUGCUGGCCCUCCUGCACCUCCAGGUCCACCAAAAGCUAAGCAUGUUGCAUCUAAAGCUAAUCCAUAUGCUCCAGGUGGUGGAGCUAAGCCUCGUACGGGUAGGAAUAAAUAUGGUCCUCCAGCCACUAGUAAUGUGAACAAAUAUGCAGUACCAGAAAGUUUAGUUAAUGAAAAUGAAUCUGUUCCUGGUGGAGCUGUUGCUAAUGCCGGUUUUGAUAUGUAUUCAUAUGGUGGAUAUCAUGUUGGUGAACCAGACAAGAAGAUUGAUGACAAAGAAGAAGAGGAAAAGAAGCAAGAGCCAGAAGUUAUUCCUGAGAUAGAAGUAGCACAACAACAAGAGGAAGAAGAAAAGGUGAUUAGAAAGAAUCAUCAACCAAUGAGGAACGUUCCAAAUGUUGACGACAGUUUUGAUACAUCAUAUGCAAACAGUGAGGUUCAAGGAAACUUUACACCCAAACCACGUCCCUUGAUUCUUAAUCAAGCCAAUUUCACCCCACUGCAACAUACUGGUAAUAGUAAAUUCGGAUUUGAUGGGUUCCCAAUUCCUGGAUCACCUGAAUAUACCACACGUGCUAAUUCUGUUAUUGGAGCUAAUCCACCUAUGAGUGGAAUUUUUUCAUCUAGAUUAUCACAAUCACAACAAAGUGCAUUAUAUCAGCAAUAUGAAGUUGAAGAUGAUACUGUGAGAGAUUAUGUUCCAAUUACGGAAGAGGAUGAAGAUGAUGAAGAUAAGGAUCAUAAGAAAGCUAGAUUGCAAGCCAAGAGAAAGGCAGAAGAAGAAGCAAAGAAGAAGAAAGCUGGUGAAAAUAAUAAUAGUACAUUAGGAGUUAGUGGUACAAGAGAUAAGCGUCCAGACUUACAUCAUAAAGAUAGUGGAUGGUUUAAUGGUUGGUUAGGUAAGAAUGAUGGGAAACCAAAGCCAAUUAAAGCUAAAUUGGGUGAGAAGGUGAAUCCAUUCUAUUAUGAUGAAAAACAUAAGAGAUGGUUAGAUAAGUCUAGACCUAUUGAAGAUCAAUUGAAAGAAAGUACUCCUCCACCACCUCCAAUGAUGAUGAAAAAGAAAUCUGGUGGCGCUGGUGGUCCUCCUCCUUCGGCUAAACCUCCUUCGCUUGGAAUAUCACCAACUACUACUCCAAAUCCAACUGCUCGUGGUUCUGUUCCUCCAACUAUUCCAGCUACUACUGGUGGAAGCGUUGCUCCAGCUCCUGCUCCUCCUGCUUCUGGCGGUGCUUCUACUACUCCUGCUGCUGCAAAAACUCCAACAUUGGCUACAAUUGGAGAUUUAGAUGCGUUGUUACAAAUGCAAGGACCUGGUUCUGGUUCUGGAUCGAUGAGAAAAGCUAAGAGAAGUGGUCGUAGAGGAUACAUCAAUGUUAUGGAAAAAUAA